AAAUGUAAACAAAGCAGUGAUGGACAUUCCCCUGCUGCGCUGAACUAAAACUACAAACAUAACUUUGUUGCACUCGAAGCAUUGCUGAAAAAUCAUCACAAAGAGAAAAUAGAAUGCAGGGCUUACUUGAAGCAAUGGACUCCCUCUACAGAAAUUCGACCCUGUUUCUGACUGCGACCACAGCUCAUUUUGGUGGCACUGUCUGCCUGGCUCUAUAUAAUGUCCAAGAGGGCCAAGAGGGCCGCGAAGAGGGCCGCACCAAGGGCCGCGAAGAGGGCCGCACCAAGGGCCGCACCAAGGGCCGCGCCGAGGGCCGCACCCUGGGCUACGCGGAGGGCCGCGCAGAUGGCAUUUUAGAAGGCGUAAACCGGACGGACCACAUUGUUCAGGAGGUCAUUAGAGGCCUGGAAGCUUUCUUCCAGCAAGGAACCGCCGUUGCGGGAGGUUAGCUUUCUGGAAGGAGAUCUCCACCUCCAAUUUAUUCUCAGUCAAACCAGCAGACUGAUGUCUAAUUAAACAGCAACUAAUUGUUAACCAAUACGAUACAAUGUCAUUUCUUCAAUAAAAGUUUUAAAAAGGCUUUAAGUG